AUGCCUCGAGGUAUUCCGAAUGUCAAAAGGGACGACACCCAAGGCAUGCGCUAUACAAGCUUCCAUGUCCCAUUGCAACUAAAUCCCAAGCACCCGACAAACACAUAUCUGAAAUCUGAGUCGCAGACCAUAUGGACAAGGAAUGCGGGUAAACGCAAGGCCGUGAGCGAAGAUGUUGGGCCAUCUGCACCGCUUGAAACUCGGCGUGGAUCUAACGUCAUUGUAAUUCAUCCGGGAUCUAGGUAUCUUCGUAUUGGACGUGCAAGCGAGCUCAAUCCCGUCUACGUUCCCAACGUCAUUGCAAGAAAAACUAAUCCGCCUGUCCCACCCGUCCUAUUCGAGGAAUCAAUCGUACGCCCACGGAAAGGCCGCACAAGGAGCAGCUUUACAAAAAUCAUAGCAAAAGACGAUAAGUAUAUCGUGAACCCCGGCACUGAUGAUCCCUUCGACGACAAAUUUGCCAAGGUGCAAGGAUUCGUGCUUCAGACGAUGUCUUAUUUGAAGCUUCGAGUCUCAUUAGAUGCCCCCACCAAGGCAUCUUCUUUCAAUCGUACCAUGAAACCUGAGAUCAUCCCCCAGGAACUUGAUUCUGAACGUAUCAACUUCAUCACGAAGCCGCCAGAAGACGAGGUCUUGGUUGGUGACGAUGCUCUUCGACUGGCCGACCCCUCUCAAUUAGGCUAUGUUUUGAGGUGGCCCAUUCAUGCAGAUAAAUUGAAUACGAAGGACUAUCCGUCCAAUCAAAUGCUGCUCGACGAUAUAGAAGCUAUCGUCCGAAUAACGCUGAAGGAUAAGCUUGGAAUCACUUCGCAGACAGUCAAGAAUUACUCUGUUAUCCUAGUCAUCCCGGACUACUACGAGCGGUCAUACAUCAGGAACUUCGUCCAUGUACUACUAUCCCAGAUUGGGUUCAAGCAGUUUACUGUGCAACAGCAAUCUCUCGCAGCGACAUACGGAGCUGGUCUCUCUUCAGCAUGUGUGGUCGAUGUCGGUGCGGUAUCAUCCUGCAUAGCUUGUGUUGAUGAAGGAAUGAUAAUUCCGGAGACUCGGCUGGUCAUCGGCGUCGGAGGGGACCAUGUUACAGAGUUUCUCGCCAUACUACUGCAGGGGAUUGACUUCCCGUACAAGGAACUGGACCUCGCGCGUCGAUACGACUGGAACGUUAUCGAAGAUAUCAAAUACAGACUCUGCUCCCUCAACGAGCAAGACGUUGCUCUCAAUCUAUACUCGUUCACCGUUCGCGCUCCAGGAAAACCGACCGAAAAGUACGGUCUGCGCGCAUAUGACGAGUUUCACCUCGCGCCCUCAGUUAUGUUUUUCAUCGACGUAGUGAAUUACGAUAAGAACCGAUUCGGUCGGAGGCCCAUCCAGCAUCCGGAUAUCGCUGAUGAGAUUGUGAAUUAUCUCGACCAUGGCUACCCCAUCGAACGCUACACCGAAGCCAUCAUGCAAAGCGCUGCAAAGAGUGUCCGUCCCCCAGAGAAAGCACCUGGAACUCAACAAACCCAGGUGUUGGCUGUCACUGCCCCACCACAGUCGACAUUAAUGAGUGUGGAAGGGACGCCACUGCCCACUUCCACUGCUCCCGAAGGAGAGGCAUCUACAGCGACUCCGUCCAACGGCUCUGUGCCUCCGCCACAGCGGAAUUCGGCGGAAAGGACUUCUACCACGGAAGAAACGGCGAAAGCAGAAACGGACAAGGCGUCUACGGAGGCUCCACCCAUGGAUAUUGACGUCGAGGGGGACACGAACCCUCAAGAAGUAAUUGACGUUGACGCCAUUGAUUCGCCUAUCGCUCGGCCACAGCCCAACGACUCAGCAGUAAAUGAGCUGCCAUCUUGGGAGAAUCGCUUCACUAUGGACUUAGAAUUCGAAGCGAGCAAAACGGCGCUGGACCUCGCCAUCUUCAAUAGCUGUUACGCUGGGUCCGGAGGAUAUGACCGAGUCAAGAAGUUCCUCGGUCAGGGCGUCCUAUUGGUCGGUGGAGGAUCGAUGAUCAAAGGAAUGUCGCAGUCGCUGCAGAGCAGGCUGUCGUCACUUUGUGUCCCUCUUGUUUCCAAUAUGCCGCUGGUCCAAAUCCAGCCGCCGCCAAAGGAUGUUGAUCCCCGUGUACUCAUAUGGAAGGGGGCGUCCGUCCUUGGGAAAAUGGACGGAGUUUCCGAGCUUUGGGUGACCAGAGAGGAUUGGGAUCUGUUGGGCAUGCGUGCAUUGCGUGAGCGCUGCUUCUACCUGUGA